GGGAGAGCGAAAUAAAAGAAUUGGUUAAUGUCAGUGUGAGAGGGAUAAAUAAUCGUGAGACUCCUGUCACAAGAAGGGAGGGAGCGGGUACCCAGUCUUACAAGCUGCUAGUGCAGAAGCGGUGCAGGGUGCAUUGUGGCAGGGUGCAUCGUAGGGACGGAAUUUAUUUUGCACGGGCCAUCAAGGAGAGCCCCCAGUGAGAAACUGACGAGAGAUGGCGGCCUUGAUGUCAGUUGCUGCUGUGGUGCUGGUAGCUGUGAUAGCUUUGGUGGUCGUCAUACUGCUUGCCGAGUCUCCAACUCCACUCACAACCUCCAUUGAUGCAGAAUACGAUUAUAUCAUAGUGGGGGCGGGGUCAGCGGGCUGCGUGCUGGCCAGUCGGCUGUCCGAAGAUGAUGACGUGCGUGUCUUGCUGCUGGAGGCGGGGCCAGAUGACCAGGGCGUGACAGAUUUUUCCGUUCCUCUUUAUGGCGCGUGGCAUGUGCGGAGGAAAGACUUCAGCUGGAACAGUUUCACUGAAUCUCAGAGCCACAGCCUAGACGGCUAUAAACAAAAGAAAAUGAUAUUUACACGAGGGAAGGUUCUGGGCGGAAGUUCCAACCUUAAUGCGAUGAUCUACAUCCGGGGCAGUCGCCAUGAUUAUGAUAACUGGGCCAAGUCCGGCGCAGAAGGCUGGAGUUACCAGGAUGUAUUGCCCUACUUCUUGAAGUCGGAAGACAUACUCAGUCCAGAUUUGUUGGAUUCUAAGUACCAUGGGAAAGGAGGCCCUCUAAAGGUAGAGAUUCCGGACACCACACAACUGGCACAAGAGAUCUUACGUGCUGGAAAGGAGCUGGGCUACCCCGAGGUGGAUCCCAACGGCGAGACUAUGCUAGGUUUCAGCAGGGUGCAGGCGACCCAGAAGAACGGAGUCCGCUACAGCACGUCACGCGCCUUUUUACACCCUGUCCUUGACCGCUCUAAUCUGCAUGUUGGGGUCAAUGCUCACGUCACUCGAGUGUUGAUCGAAGACGGAGUGGCGAGAGGAGUGGAGUUUAGUCUGGAUGGGACCCUGCGCACAGUUCGUGCCAAGAAGGAAGUGAUUGUGUCUGCUGGUGCCAUCGGGUCUCCACAGAUCCUCAUGUUGUCCGGAGUUGGUCCCAGAGACCAUCUAGAGUCUCAUGGAAUCAAAGUUCAUGUUGACCUACCCGUUGGUGAUAACCUGCAGGAUCACCUCCUUAUGAACAUCGGUAUUAGCAUCAACGACUCCAUCGGUAUCACCUGGGAGAAGGCAAGCAGUUUGUGGGAGCGUGCUAAGUACUGGCUCUUCGGGAAAGGAAUCCUCAGCUCCACAUACGGUACAGAGACCCUUGCUUUCAUGGCCAGUAAUGAAGAAAAACGAAAACUAAGAUGGCCAGAUGUUGAGCUUAAUCUGUUUUCUUCCCUAUUCUUUAGAGAUUCCGACAUUCUGACGGCAGAGAACAUAGAACGAGUGUCUGGAAGAAAAAAUAAAGUCGGGCUGUCAUGCUUAUCCACGCUGCUGCACUCUCUCAGCGUGGGGUCAGUGCGCCUGCGCAGUGGGAAUCCUGUGGACGACCCCGUCAUUGACCCGCACUAUUUAGAGAGGCCAGAGGACGUGGAGGUCAUUCUGUACGGUAUAAAAGUCUGUAAGGAGCUGGUGAACACUUCUGCUUUACGGAAAUUUGGAGCGGAACUGGCAGACAAACCGGUGAGAGCAUGCGCGGACAAGCACGCGCCGGACUCUGACGAUUACUGGCGCUGCGCCAUUCGCUACUCCGUGUCCACGUCCUUUCACAUCACCGGCACGUGCAAAAUGGGUGACGUCACUGACAACACCACGGUGGUCGACAGUCAGCUGAGGGUCAAGGGUAUCCGUAGCCUGCGGGUGGUGGAUGCCUCCAUCAUGCCCACCAUCGUCUCCGGCAACACCAACGCCGCUGUCAUCAUGAUUGCAGAAAAGGCUGCAGACAUCAUCAGGGGGCGCUCUACUGUGUGACGUCAGCAGAUCUUGUGAUGAAAACACCUGAGGAUAAAGGGCCUCGAACCUUAUAGUUUUUUUGUUUUUUUUGUCUUAAAAGUUUUGAGGAAUUCAGCCAUCCAGCUAUUCAUUCGUAGGAAGGUUUAAGGGAACAGUUCACUAAUCAAACCAUACAUUUUAAAGAGUAAUGCAGUACACCUUGUGGUCUUUCUUCCACUUGAGAUGGAGGACAAGGAGGAGGACAGUUUCACUGCGAUGGUUACUUACACAGCCUCAUUGUUUUUGGAACAAAAAUGCCUGAAUGUCAUGAACUUUGAUUUUUCUAAAAAUUAAAUAAUAUCCCAACAUGAUUACAGCUUAUCCGCAACAGACAGAAUAAAAAGAUUUAAAUGAUAAAUUUAGUGCAAUUUUUCUAUCAAAAUUAUUUUAGAGAUUCAAUGGUGAGGCAAACAGCGGAGUGUUCUUUCAGUAAAUGAAACCAACGCAGUGUAAAAUAUUGUUCUUUCUGAUUAAGUAUGAAUUUUCCUUGUUAUCGUCUAAAACGAGGCCAGAUUAUAUUUUGUCUUAUCUGUCAACACCAAGAAAAGCAAACUAAAUAUUUACGACGUGAAUGUAGAUUUUAUUUUAAAUAAACUCUUUUACAAACAUCAAA